AAAAAAAAAAAUUAAAGCAAUAUAACUUGUUAGCAAAUCGAUAAAUACGGAAUUCUUCCGGCGAAGUUUCUCCAAAUUUUCGAGCUCUUCUUUUUGUUUGUCUAGGAGAAGAAGUCUUGUGUCUGUAUCAUCUGAAUUGUCGCAGAAACUAGUUGUUUCAAGGAGUCGAAGUAGGAGACGAUGAAGAGAAUUUUUGGUGCGAAGAAUAACAAAGAGCCUCCACCGUCCAUCCAGGAUGCCUCUGAUCGGAUCAAUAAAAGAGGAGAAUCAGUGGAAGAUAAGGUUAAGAGGCUUGAUGCCGAGCUCUGCAAAUACAAAGAACAGAUCAAAAGGACAAGACCUGGUCCUGCUCAGGAAGCUAUCAAAGCUCGAGCUAUGAGAGUUCUCAAGCAAAAGAAAAUGUAUGAAGGACAACGUGACAUGCUCUACAAUCAGACUUUCAACCUUGAUCAAGUUUCUUUUGCUGCUGAAGGCCUCAAAGAUGCUCAACAAACUAUGACAGCGUUGAAAUCUGCCAACAAGGAGUUGAAAGGAAUGAUGAAAACCGUCAAGAUUCAAGAUAUUGAUAAUUUACAAGACGAGAUGAUGGAUUUAAUGGAUGUGAGUUCUGAAAUUCAAGAGACACUGGGGAGGAGCUAUAAUGUUCCUGAUGACAUUGACGAAGAUGACCUCAUGGGCGAGCUUGAAUCUCUUGAAGCUGACAUGGGAAACGAGACUGAAGCAGAUGGAGUGCCUUCCUAUCUCCAACCCGAUAAGGAACCGGAUCUUGAUGAGGAACUGAACUUGCCUCCACCACCAAAUCGGGAUACAAGACCUCAACAGGGACGAGCUCAGGCUGAGGAUGAAUGGGGACUACCGGCGGUACCACGUGCAUCACUUCGAGGCUAAAUUCUGUUUUCACACGUUUGUGUGCAUAAAAAAAAAUUCAUCUGAAAGCAACUUCACUUGUGAAAGCUACUAUUCUAAAGCCUUUAAAUCCCGCACUGAUGUAAUAUGUUUUGUGCAUAUUAUCCUUGGACCCUCGA